UGGCGUCAGUUGGGACAGCCCCUCUUAGCAGGGGAGCUAGCAUCCUGCAUUAGCAUAGCAUAGUCAUGCCCCGCUGCUUUUUCUGUUUGUCAAACCUGGAGAGAUUUGACCCCAGGAGGGUUCUUAGAGCUGCUUUAACUCUGGAUGCCGGCAGGAAAAAGGACCUCAGCGACUAACCUCUAGAUUCAGAGACGUUUUUUUUUUAAACCCCGUUCUCCAAUUUGUGAUUAUGCUCAUCUAUUUAUGGGACUAAUCGGGAAUCUGGUUGGAAAAGUAUCUGUAAUCCGUCAUAGUUUAAUAAUAGGAAACCAAUACAAGAUAAUCAUGUCCAGACGACUUCACGCAAACAGAACUGUUGGCGUUGAUAAAAAUGUUUGGGUUGAGUUCACACAGCUAGCUGCAGACUACAAGGCAGUGAACCUGGGUCAGGGCUUCCCUGACUUCUCUCCUCCACAGUUCAUUCAGGAUGCUUUCUGUAAAGCUGUGAGCGGAGGACCCUCAAUGCACCAGUAUACUAGAGCUUUUGGUCAUCCUCGUCUCGUAAAAAGCCUCGCCAAAUUUUUCAGCAACAUCAUGGGGCAGGAGAUUGAUCCGUUCGAAGACAUCUUGGUGACAGUUGGAGCAUAUCAGGCCCUCUUCUGUGCAUUUCAGGCUCUGAUUGAUGAUGGCGAUGAGGUCAUAAUCGUUGAGCCGUUCUUUGACUGCUACCAGCCGAUGGUGCUGAUGGCUGGAGGGAAUGCAGUGUAUGUUCCUCUGAGACCAAAAGAGGGCAGCACCGUCCUGUCGAGUGGAGACUGGGUUCUUUCUGCUGAGGAACUGUCCAGUAAAAUCACUCCCCACACUAAAGCCAUUGUCAUUAACACUCCCAACAACCCUUUAGGCAAGGUUUACCAGCUGGAGGAGCUCCAGAUGAUCGCCGAUUUGUGUCUUAAACACGAUCUGCUGUGCUUCAGCGAUGAAGUGUACGAGUGGCUCACCUACGACGGAGCCAAACACAUAAAGAUCGCCAGUCUUCCUGGGAUGUGGGAACGGACCGUAACAGUCGGCAGCGCCGGGAAAACCUUUAGUGCUACUGGCUGGAAGGUUGGCUGGGCCAUAAGUUCUGGACAUAUUGUCAAACACAUGAAAAUCGUCCAUCAGAACUCCGUUUACCACUGUGCAACAGCAGCUCAGGAGGCCGUAGCUGCUGGCUUUGAGAGGGAGUACGAGCUUUUCGGGACUCCAGAGAGCUACUUCCAGCAGCUUCCCGCCAUGCUGCACCACAAGAGACAGAAGCUGGCCUCGUGCCUGCUGAGCGUUGGCCUGCAGCCCAUCAUGCCUGAGGGAGGAUAUUUUAUGAUCACAGACAUCUCCUCCGUCAAAGUGGACCUGAAUGAUGAGAGCACCAAGGAUGAAUCGUACGACUUUAGAUUUGUCAAAUGGCUGAUUAAAGAAAAGGGUUUAGCGACAAUCCCAGUCUCGGCUUUCUUUAGUCCAGAGCACAGCAAGGAGUUUGACAAAUACAUCCGCUUCUGUUUUGUUAAGGAGGACUCCACCCUGGACGCAGCGGAGGACAUUCUGAGAAAAUGGAGUCAAAAGAAGUAAAACAAGCCAUCUAUUAUUAUUUGACCCAUCAAACUAACUUCUUCAUCCUCCUCAGGAAAAUCAUCAAGACUAUUCAGUGUUUUUUUUUUUUUGUUUAUCCCCAGUAUUAGAAUAUCAUAUUAUAUACUUGAAAUAAUUAUAUAUUGAUGGUAGGAAUAAUUGUCUUGCCUCAAAAUGU